ACUAAAAACAAAGGAUACAACUUGUAACUAUUAGCUUAACAAAUGAGUGCACUUUUUCGCAGUCUUAACAAUUUCACUUCAAAGCGCGAGAACAUUGUAAAGGAGGCUUUGAUAAAUACGCUAAACGAGAAUGCGCGAGAAAUUGAGUUUGAAGUAAAGCAAAAGGGCUUGGAAACCCUUGGCUUAAGCGAGCAGACAAGCGCACUAUGCACUACACUGGAAGCAUUGUUCCUACAUGGUCUGAAGGAUUCUUUUCUAUGGGCAACAAUAAAUGUGAUUGCUGGCGAUGUGGAACGACGACCAGAGACAAGCUUUUGGUCUCCAGCAAUGUUGUUUAUGCACACGCAGGUGAUUGAGCAGAUACACGGCUUAAGUCAAAUCACCUCGGAGAUUGGACAAUGCAGGGCUUGGGUGCGGCAAUCACUCAAUGACUCCGUGUUUUCUGCUUACCUGAAUACUAUGCGUAGGAGUGAAUCAGCGCUGAAACCUUACUAUAAAAAGGAUGCGCUGCUGAAAGACUCUGAAGGCUUAGAGACGGCUGCAAAGAUUAUGGAAAGUCUAGAGGCUUAUGUGGGAUUUGAUUUGCCCGUGAACUCCAGCUUGCUUAAUCAGUGGCCUGACUAUUCGCUGCAGCUGUCGGACUUAUGGACGCCUGCGCUUAAAUCGUGUCCAAUCAGCAGUGGUGAGGAUGUAGCCAGCUCAUUGGCUACUGAAAUCAUAGCCAUACCUACACCACAACCACUGCAUACCAACGAGCUGUUUUCGGAGUCCAUUUCCAAUAGUCCUUUUAGUCGUGGUGGACACUUUGGUAAUUCUGAUCUUAAUCAACGCGAGAUUUUGGAUUUGUUUAUGCAAAAAGUGGACGGCAUGGAUACUAUAAGUGAAGAGAAGACAGCCAGCGAGUCGAAUGAAGCAUGUGCUGCUGCUGUGCCUGAGGCUGAAGCUGACAAUGAGCCCGCAUCUAGCAGCAAGCAGCGCGUUCGCAAGCGUUCAAUGCGUCACAUAGAAGACUCAUUGUUGGUUGAGCUGCCACAGGGCAGCAAUUCACUGACUAAUCUUAUGCAGACUUCUUGGUCUGCUGAUCUUAACACGCCAACAGAUGAGUUCAGCGCACCGCGCUUUCAGCGCUCUGUCAGCAUGAGCAGCGCCAACAGUUUGCGCUCGCCCAAUGCAGAACGUGGCAGUUACCAUGCGCUACUGCGCAAACAUGAAAACAAUCGUGAAGAUGGUGCAGGCUGGUCGCAAAUAUGGGAAAAGUUUCGCGCUAGUGCAUCACAGCUGACGCAGCCUAGAGAGUCCAGAGACUCCGAGACGCUGGUGGGCGAUGAUCUCAGUGAUUUGCAAUCAAUAGAUUCUAGCACAGACUUUGUGGAGCUUAACUCGAACUUUGAUAUGAUUGAGCUGCAAGAGAAAGUGUCACAGCUAUGUCAGCUGCCGAGAGAGCCAGGACUCAAUGUGCAAGGCUUUCUAUGCAAAGGCUGUCAGCAUCCGCUGGGCAUUGGUGACAAUAAUUUUCAAGUUUGCGCCUUUAGUGGCAGUUACUACUGCAACAAGUGCAUGGAGGCCGAGCUACAGCUCAUACCAGCGCGCAUUAUAUACAACUGGGACUUUCGCAAAUAUAGCGUUAGCAAGCGAGCAGCCAUUUUUCUAGCCGAGUUUCGCUCACAACCGUUUAUAGACAUACAAUUGCUCAAUCCCAGCAUUUACUUUGCCUCCGAUGCCAUGGCCGAGCUGCAAUCAUUGCGCAUACGCUUAAACUUUAUACGCGCCUAUCUUUAUACCUGUGCACCCAGCAGCAUAGAAUUAUUGCAAAACUAUUUCUGUGGUCGCGAGUAUUUGUAUGAGCAUAUACAUCAAUAUUCCAUAGCUGACUUGGCGCUCAUACAGCGUGGAGUGCUGUGCCAGCAGCUGCAAAAGGCUUUCAAACUGGGCGAGGCUCAUGUGCUCAAGUGUCAGCUGUGCCAGCUAAAGGGAUUUAUAUGCGAAAUCUGCCAGAGUCCACGUGUGCUGUAUCCGUUUCACAUAGCCACAACCUUUAGGUGUGUUAGCUGUGGCGCUGUUUUUCAUGCAGAGUGUCUCAAUGAGCAUCAGCCUUGUCCUAGAUGUGAGCGUCGCCGCAAGCGCGAGGACCAACCAUUGCUAGAGGCAGUACAGACUUUGAAGCUCAAGCAUGACGUGGCUUAGAGCAGACUAUUGGCAAGGCUUUAAAACUUUAAGUUAUAUAUAUUAAUUGUUAUUGCUUUUAUAGUGUUAUUUCGUGUGGCGUUUAAGAUAAUUCAGAAUUGUAUAC